AUGAGCAAGUUUUACGAAGUCUCGAAAGUGCUCGAUAAGCGUACAGACGCCCACGGUCGCGUUCAGUACCUCGUCCGCUGGCGUGACAAUGGAAAGAAGAACGACAGCUGGGUGGAUGAAGCCGACACAAACGAGCGCCUUAAACAAGUGUUUAGGACACGCCACCAAGGAACUCCGGGCUUGCUGCAGACCUUAGCUGUGUUAGUGGCAGAAAAGCUGAACAUGAAGAAACCGCCAACAACCAGCAUCGUGAGACGUUCGUCUGUCACCAUGCCGAUGGAUGCCGAGACCUUUAAAGAGUUGUUCGGUGGUCUUCCUUCCGCGCCAAAUCUUUUGCAAGCGACAAAGUUUUCUGUGCCCAUUCACGAGCUUGACGCCAUAAUGCCUGCCGGAUGGUCACUAAAUACUUUCAAAACCUCCACGACUUUUCGGUUGCAGCCCGGCAAGCCCGUCGAGAUUGCUCUCGUAGAGCGCAAGAAAGUGUUUUUUGAUUAUUCGGGGUGUUUGCGCUGUCAAGGCGGGAAUGGAGCCCCCGUCGCUUGUAAAGACGUGGUGCGGAAAGUAGUAUUCGGUUCAACCCUUCUAAAGAUCUCGUUCUACCGUGAGCGGAACAAGCAAGCCGAGCGAAAGCCCAAGGAGCGCACGAGACUGACCUGGGCGAAACCAAGAUCAGUCGCCAAGUAGAAAACAGUGACUUACCGCUGGGUAGUCACUUCAACAAACGGCUCCUUUAGGAGCCACCAAAUAUAAGAAAGCAAUGACCAACUCGAAUGUGUGGUACUCUUUUAUUUCCCUUAUCUAGCCCUUUUUUGCAUUCAUUCUUUGCCUAAAAAUGAUCUGUAUUAAAGCCACUUCAAUUUGAAUCGAAAGUUCGCCUACGCCUCACUCUCAGAUCGCGCUGAUUCUGUGCAUCCCUGUAUAUCACUGAAAUAACCUAAAAUAACCUUUAUUCGAGGAACUUUUUAUCCAUUCGCUCGUCUGAACUAGCCUCGCGUUUUGUUGAGAUUGCUAAUGAGCUUUAAACCUGCUAGCGUGUCCUGUAAAAUGUCCUUUUCAUUUUUGCCCUAAAAUUAUGUAACACCGGAACGGGGUAAUUUGACAUCGAUACCAGUAACUUCUUGUGUGGUGUCAGUGUCAAAAGCGUGGUCCGUUCAUCGAUCAUGGAGAAAGCAGGGCACGAGGCAUGGUAAGUGAGAAGUAAAUGCACUCGUAUUAAGUACUUCUGCCUGCGACUUAUCUGAGUUUGUAAACACGAAAGUAUUUCUUAGUCGAUCAACACAUCAAGAUGUUAAAAACUGCCAUCACGGUGCCGAUUCUUUUGCUGGUUCGCCUCCCAUCCGCCGCAAAUCGGAGCUUAAUUUUAGAACCAUCUUUCUUGAUGGCCUCUUUGACUUCGGGUAGAGUGAUUAAAUAUUCCAGAACAUCGCAAACACUUCUACGGGCACCAUCACCUUGCUUGGCCUGCAUUAAUUCAAAACCCCAAAAAAGUAAUUAAUAAGUAUUUGACACAAUCAGAAAAAAUUGUUACAACAUCAUAAGAGACUAAUCUCAUACCACCAAAGAUUAAACAUAGGCUUAGUUAAAUAUGGUUUAAAAUUGUUUUCUUUGGCAAAUGUGCUGACUGAAUGUUUUUCACUUUCAGCAAAGCUUUUUGCCCUCACUGAAAGUCAAUGCUUGUUGCCAUAGCACCUUUGACACACACAAAUGAUCAAAAUAAAAAAUCUUGGAUUGUUGUUGAUAAAUCAGCGUGAAUGCCAGGAACACAAACCCUUAUGCAUAAGAAAUUAUAUGGCUUCCGCUUGUCAUCCUGUUAAACUUACUGUGGGGAGCCACCUCCAUCGUACUUUAAAAAGCUAUAACUGCCUCGAGUGUAAUAUAAGUUUACCAACAAAAUAAUUUACCUCUGGAAUUGGAAUUACUUCGAUUUCCUUAUUUUGUGUCCUCCUUUCCUGCAAUAUUGUUGACAGUGGCGGGACGUGACUUCGGACACUUUCGGGGAGCGCCAUCCUCAGUUCAUGGUAGGCUUUAUCGCUCACAAGCCCCUCAUCCUUCGCCGCCAAAAUCCUUUAGACAACCUCGUGAGAGUAACCCUCGUCUUCGUGGUCAUGUUGGCCGUCGGAAAGUGGGAUCACCAGUUCCCGGCCGCUUACGUCAAAUUUAAUCUGUGCGAAAAAAGAACAGAACAUCUAAAUGCGAAGCCUGUUUGUACAGACGUCUCUAAUUUUUUUUGGUUCCUGGGUUGCAGGGUUGGAAGAAAACGGAGACGUCUUCGCGCUGGAAUAAGUUUAUGUUAAGGCCUAUGUACACGGCACGACUUUGUCGCAUGCGACAAGCUUACUACAGACCUACGACAUGACUUAAGAGUCGUAAGCGAGUUGUAGGUUUGAUUUACACGAAACAAUUCGUGUCGUAAGCCUGCCGUAAGCUUGUCGCAUGCGACAAAGUCGUACCGUGUAAAUAGGCCCUUAUAAUCAACACAAAAAUCACAAAAUAAAUGAAAUUAUUAAGUUUAAACAAGCAGUAUCUUAGGUCCUCAAGAAGAAAUAAGUGGUGGCGAGCAGGAAUCCAAGUGUUUUUUCCGAAGUUUUUAACCAUCCAGUUAGAAAUAUACAGCGCCGUUUUGUUGUCAGUACGUGUACCGAGAUGCCGCCAUGUUUUCAGCGGUUUCUUCUAAAAGUCAUACCGUGGGCACACUACAUACGUCACGUCCAAAAAUUUUUUUGCGAUGAGCAAAAAAAAAAAUGAGCAAUUCAAGGCUUGGAUUACAGCUAAAAUAAAUUUUGCCUUAAAAUAACCAGAAGUCGGUGUCUAUUUGCAGUAAGCCCUGGUAAGUCCCUAAAGGUACUGAGCACCUGCCUACACUAUGCAUGUUCAAUGAAGAGUUUAUAUUUCAGAAAAAUAAAAAGUAAAUUUUUCGACUGGCUUAUAAUAUUUCAGCGCUAUCACACAGAUUGCUUAUGACACUGAAUAAACAUUGUUAAUGAAAAGAUUUAUCAUCCGUUCUCGUUGAGCCAUUAGACGCAUGAGGUCUUAAUAAAAAGAUUGACCAAUGUGAAACUAGGGGUGACGAAUGGUGAAUGCAACGUUUUUCUCUUAGAUCGAGGCUGUUUUCAACCUUUGAUUUGCGAUUUUCUCCCCAGCAUGAUCAUGUAAGCUUAAAGAUAUGAGACUGCGAGACGUUCAGAACCGCCGAAAAAAAUACAUUGCGAGCCCGCAAAAUUUGACCAAAUUUUUGCGAGACCUUCAAAGACCAUUCACCACCCCUAAAAACUUAGUGAUAAAGAAAAAUUCUUAAUGAUACGUACCUCAAUCGGUUUGAAUUCCGCUGGUAAAAUCUCUGGCAUUUCGGAGGUACUCUCUGAUUUUUUUCCUCUUCAUAGACCGCGAAGACUUAUCUACGUCCCAAUAGUUUUUUCGGCUAACGUUAAACUUCACAGCGUUCUUUACAGGGUCCAUUGCUAGGCGACUUUGGGCAAGCUCAUUUCUUAGAAGCUGGAGUUCCUGGCGAAGCUGAAAAACUUCUGCCCUUCUUUCUGCCAAUUCCGUCGCCUGGUCACUGGCGAUUUCGUGCAAAUGGCGAAUGCGUUGGUCGUACGCCUCAAGAAGGGGCAAAGAGAGGAUAGACUGCUCUACCUCGAAAUGCCUUGGGCCACGUUUGUAGGGGAAGUUUGCUUGCGGCUUGUCUACUUUGAAUUUCGAAAACAUUUUAAGACUUUAAACAACUUUAAACCGAUCUUUUCCGAUGACUAUUUUCAGAUAACUCUUUUCCAAUGACGAGAGCGAAAUGAUUGUUGUCAAUUGCAAGUGGCACGCGCGUCAGUUUUAAAACCCGUCAUUAGCAUAAUAAGGGCAUUCAUGAAAACAAGAGAACAAUUGAUGUCAACUGAGCGCGAAUUUCAAAGACGCUUUCAAAGAUGUUUCGGGACGGAAACAAAGUUUGUUUAAUUGUAUACAUAGGCAAUUCGCACAGUGACUCCCACAACAAUCUGAAUAAAAGUCUAUAUUAGAACCUUUCAAGGCUGCCCAGCCGCUUCUUCAAGCAAGCGCGCUUCUUCACGGAAAGAAAAAAAGUCAUCAAUUAAUGGUUUGUUGACGAUCAAAUCCGCGACAAAGCCCAUAAGACAAUACACAAUACUAUGAAAGCGUUUAAAAAGCUUUGAAUACUUUCAAGGUCUUGAUGCACUGAAAGGGGUUUUAUUAUGACAAUAAACCGCUCUAACAGUAGAUAUUUCAAAUAUAAUUAUUGUGUGUUGGAAAUUUCGCAAUAGUUUCUUCACAAACAUCAAAUAUUUAUCCAAGCCAUGCAUUGUUGAGGUCAUGCUUAGUUAUCGCCGAUAUGUAUGACCCACAGAAAGUAGCAUCAUUUGCCGAUUUUCCUCGGAAAAUGGGUUCAGUCACGAAGUAAGCCCCUCUGACCGGAAACAAUAUUUUCUGUACAUUAUCUCCUGUAUCCUCCUCUGCAACCUAAACAAUUAGGCUGAGUUGAAUGUAUAGUACACACUAAAAUGUAAUCUUGCUCAUAGCUAUUUAAUUGGACGUAACGGGUAACAUUAAUAGUUAAAAGUGUUGAUCCAUUGUAAUUCUUGUUCAGUUAUCUUUAAAGACAUGUGGUGGAUGGGAGAGUGAAAUUCAUAAGUUUGUCGUUGUGCGCACAAAGAGGUAGAUAAAGAAGGAUGCUGAUCAUUUUUCAAGAGCCUGCCAGGGUACAAAACACCCAGACAUCAGAUGGGUAAGGAAAUAAAGUCGUAAACAUGGCUAAAAUUUGCAUGCCAUGGGUCUUAAAGUAAAUAGUCUAUCAGCAGUGAGGGGUGGUUAUCGAACUGAUAACCAUGUGACGUCACAACAUGACGACCAUUACGGAUAUUGAAGAUUUUAGCACCCAAUUCGAAAUGUUCGCUGUUAAUUGAACAUAUUUAUCAAUAAUUAUCCUGGAAAUUAGUGAACAGAUACUGUUCUUCGCCUGUACUCAAGAUGGGGGUUUUCAAGGAGUUAUUGAGGCGAAAUUUUGGGCAGAGAUAUAACAGGGCAGUUGAAAUGACACGUUUGAUUGAGGUACGUUAUUCAUCUUUGCCUCAUAGUUUAGGUUCGUAAAUAAAUUUUUCCGGCGUCUCAAUUAUAGAGCUGAUCUUCAAUCUGUUUCCUUUUGACAAAAAUGUUAUUUAUCGUGUCGCAAACUGCAAGAAAAAAGUACAUUGUGGGGUCUUGAUUUACAUCUAUUUUAGUUGCCAACGGCCAUUUAAUGUUUUUGACGAUGCUUUAAAUCUUUCUUUUUAUUAUUCGAACUAUGAACUCAUAAUGCCAAGAUCAAAAGCUACGGCCAAGCUGGAACCUCAGACCCACGCAUCAGCUGAACGAGGAGGGCUGUAUCGCGACCAAGAUUCCUAUCGGAAAAAAAAGGAAAGAUUUUUAUGAAUUUUAGAAAAAAAAAAAAAACAAUUCAUUGUUACAACAUUUAGUUUUUUCUCCCACCCAGUUUGUUAUUACAAACACUUACGCGCCUGUUACAACUUCCACGAAUUUGAUGAUCUCUGCUUUGUUUUUUGCGCAUCAGAUCUUAAAAAUUAUAUUUGCGAUGGCUUAAUUUCAUUCUAUUAACGUGGGUGGUGCAAAAGUACGUAUUCAUGCCAUCAAAUACUAUAAGAAGUUUGCUUUGCCAAAUAAUGUAUAAUGCUACGCUUUCCUUCUAGCUGUCCCCAUGGAAAGUGUUAGGGAAUCAAAAAAGCAGAAAGAGAUUUUUCCUGAUUCAUAGACGUAUUUUCUGCUAAAAUGUUUGUUCUUGGACCUGGUACAAACUUGUUUCGACCUAAUGGAAACCUCGAGCUCUGAAAGCAGAGUUGGGGGAGGGAGGGAGAGUGCAAAAAUUAUUUAUCGUUGAUUUUGCAUUGUUAUCGAUGUGAGGUAAUAAUUAACUUACCUACAAGGAAACGCGUACAUUCGGUGUGAAUCUUUUCUCUCACCAUUAUUUUCAAUCCUACAUCCUUGCCGUUUUGACAGGAUUGUACUCCACCAAAAAUUAUUGCACAUGUUUCGCUGUGCCGUGGACUGUUCUCCUAUGUCAGUCUAUGGGAAAAUCAAAGAGACAACGUACGCGUCAAUGUAGUUAGGUCAUCAUCUCCUAAGAGUGGACACAACGCCACCUUCAAUAGUUACACAGAAAGGGGCGAAGGAAAAGCCUUAGACUUAAAUUAACUUAAAUUCCUGAGGCCCCCAUUGCAUCUGGCCCCAUUCCCCUCCUUUGGUUGAUUCAUUACCAGUCCCCACUCUGAUGACGUCGGCUAUUUAUAGAUUCAUAAACAUUUCAGAUCAAGGAACACCCAUAGGGUACACAACAAACAAUGGAGGUAAGAAUAUAGGAUGUUGACAGUAGAUGUUGUUUUUACCACUUUUAAGUAGACUCUGUUAGAUGAAAAUGUCAAAAUAUCUUCUGACUGGCCACUUUGUAAGAUAUAAAAAUCUUUUGGAUUUAUGUAUCACUGACUUGUACUUAAGCUAAGGCUGUUAAUCAUUACCUGUCAUUGUCGAAUCUUUUAGUCGGAACCGUUUGCGUAGAAAUGAAGCCUUAGCACAAUCUGCAACCGGGCUUCGUUAACUCCUUGUUUGCCUUUCCGUGUUGCUAGUACAUCUGUUCCUGAACAGAACCCGACUACUGAUUCGUGGUUAAUUCAGGUGUGACGAAGUGACGGCCGAAGCUGAAUCACUAAUUCCAAAACUCAUUGCUUGAUACAUAAUUUAAGGAAUUGUUGCAGGGCGCGGGUCAUUUGGAUCGAACCUAGAUAAUGCUUUAGAAACCGACCUGUGUAACAAAAAAACCAGAAAGGCGGUCAUGUUAGAUUUCGAUUUCUCUCGUUCGCAUGUGCGAGGAUUAGCUUUUCCUAAGACCUCUCGAGCGUACGGCGACAUGCAGAGUUAUAUAAAGUCAAUUAAAGAACUGGUUCUCGCCAAGAAUUUAUAAUCUCUUGUUCUUUUUUGUGCGUAAGUCGAGUUAUGGAUGCACGCAGGAAGUUUGGAGAGCAUGAGCGAAGCGUAAGAGUUGUUCGAGCCUCUGCAACAUUGGUUUAGGGAAAAUUUUGAUUGCAAGCGUCUCUUGUGGUGUUGCAUUGUUUACCGUUAUCAUGCUCUUAAUUGUCUUAGUACACCCUGUGGUUUCUUUGUAAAUUACAAUUAAUUUGGUUAAUUCAUCUGCUACUUUAAACAACAGUUCAACGACGGGGUUUUUGAUAGGCGAUUUGUUCUGGAUUACUAAAAAGCCCCUUUUUCCUGGGGCAGAAUCGUUGCUGGAGUCCUCAGUUAAUAUCGGCGAAGAGAAAUUUUCGCCGAUUUCUGCGACCUCUUCAACCAUGCAUGACACAUUGUCACUCAAAACGGGGAGACAAGAAUGCAAAAUGCUUUUGUAGUAUAGAGAUUAAUUACAGAUUGCUAGGCUAGAGAGACAUUUAUUUUUAUUUGGUCUUCAUAAUAAUAAAACAAAGAACAUGGUAAAUGAUUGAUCAGGGUUUUUAUAUUGCAGGAGUCAAAAUAUUCAACAACAAUUUUACAUAUAAUGUAAUUUUGUAUUUACAAAGGAAAUGUUUGUUAAGCAACUGCUUAGCCCCCUGGGUCUUAUAAAGUAGACAUCCUUUGAAACCAGGCCACUGAUAUGAAGGAAGUCUAGUGAAAUAUUUUUGACAGCUUUUAUUCUAUUUCAAGGACGAAAAAUUAUCAAACUCUGGACAUAUUUUAAAUGAAGAGGACAACAACAAUAACAGCAGAAAAUGCUCAUUACCAAGAAGUCUUAGAGUUACUUUCCUGGCAUCAGAAUGGGGAUCAAGCAAAGGAGGCCUCUCCACCUUAAACAGGGAAUUGGCAAUCAACAUCGCAAAGGACCCAAGAGUUAAGGUCAGUUACUUUGUUCCAAGCUGCAAUGACGAGGACAAGACAGCUGCUCAUAUUCACAGAAUAGAACUUAUAAAGGCAACAAGGCGGCCCGGCUUAGAUGAACUGGAAUGGCUCAACUUUCCACCGAAGGAUUUGCAAAUCGACGUAGUGGUUGGACAUGGUGUUAAACUCGGCCAUCAGGCACAAAUUAUUAGGGAGUCCCACGAGUGUAAAUGGAUUCAGGUUGUCCAUACAGACCCUGAGGAACUAGGGAUAUAUAAAGAGUAUGCUAAUCCAAUUUCAAAUGCUCAGAAAAAGCAUGAAACAGAGGUAGAACUUUGCAAACUAGCUGACUUCGUUGUACCGGUUGGCCCCAAAUUGUGCAAAGCGUUUCAUUCUUAUCUCGCCUCAUGUAAGAAAGAGCAAUGUUUCUUCGAAUUUACUCCUGGAAUUCUAGCAGAAUUCUCUGAAUUAAAGCAAGAUUUAGACAAACGAGAAGUUUGUAAAGUCUUGUGUUUUGGUCGUGGAGAUUCGGAGGACUUUAAAUUAAAAGGAUUCGACAUAGCAGCUCGAGCUGUGGCAAAGCUAAGUCGUUGUAUUCUGUUAUUUGUUGGUGCCGCGAAGGACAAACUCGAAGAGACACAAAAACGUUUCCUCGAUUUUGAUAUCCCUCCCAAUCAGCUUAGGGUGCGACCGUUUUCGGAUAGCCGGGAAGAUUUGAAAAAGGUAUUUUGCGAAGCAGACCUUGUGGUCAUGCCCUCGAGAACUGAAGGCUUUGGGCUAACGGGUCUUGAGGCCUUGUCAGCUGGUCUGCCUACUCUUGUAAGUAGAAAAUCAGGAUUUGGAGAAGCUUUGAUGAAAGUACCAUUCGGCCGGCAUUUUGUGGUUGAUUCAGACGAUCAAGAUCAGUGGGCUAACGCAAUUGAGGGUGUCUGCAACAACGACAGAAGCAGUCGACGUAAAGAGUGUGAAACACUACGAGACUUCUACCAGGAAGAGUACAGUUGGAAAAAACAGUGUGAAUCUCUCAUUGGCAGAAUGAUCAGCAUCGUCCAUAAAGGUAUGGUAUACCAAAAAGCUUUCCGUCGCACUAUAGUCAUAAGCCUCCGAAUUGGUUUUUCAGUUUUUCUUUCGUCUGUCGCUAAAGUGAAUUUUCUUUUCCUCAGAUUUUUUGCCCAAGCUAAAGGACCAAACCAUCGAAGCUUUUCUAGAUUACAGUGGCACCAAAUAGCUAUUAAUAUUUUAGUUAACUUUAAAGCAUCUUUCUCCUUUACCUAAAAAAUUCCCCAUCGCCAUUUAUACUCUUGGGUAGAGAUAGUCAUCAUCAAGAUUACUUUUCCUACACAAAAACUUAACACACUCAAUGCGAAAGAUUUAUUCGUGGCAUCGAGAGAUGUAUGAAACCUUUAUGGGCUCGCUUAGCAAAUCAUGUGACCGCGACUUCUUAAAUCCCAAACCUCUAAAACACUACAUAGCUAAUUAAAUAAUUAAAAUUUCACGUAUUCUUCAUAUAGACAAACCAGAAGAUUGUGGGGGUGCAGCAGAAAAGUCCACAUUGUCACACCAGAGACAAUGUGGACAGAGGCAGACGAAAGUCAGUAACGGCCUUUGUUCAGGUACGAUACUCUAUAAGCACCCCGUUUUUGAAAACUAUAAAUACAUAAUAAUAAUGAUAAUUAUAAUAAUAAUGAUGAAAUAUUUGUAAUAACUGGAGACUGGUAUCUAUUAAAUUCUGACUUAUCAGAUUGAGGCAUUGAAGUGUCUGAGCGAUUGGGGAAAUUUAUUUCGCAGGAAUUCUAGACUAUCGAUAGGUAAUGAGUAGGUCUCUUCCGUCUGCUAUCCUCAGUUCCUUAUGGGUGGAGUCUGGCAACAGAGAGAUGGUAUUUGAGGCGGAGGCGCCAUUCUCACGGGUAGUUUUCUGUCAUUCGUUUUCUAUAAAACAUGUAAUGUGCCACCGCCUCCCGGCGAGUCCGCUUUUCAUAAUAAAAGGAAAGUGAUAUCUUUUUAAGUAGCAAAGUUCUAAUUGUGUUUUCGCCUGGCUUUCUGAAAGUCAGUGCACAUUCAGCUCCAGGUAAAUUGCCCAUUCGCAUAAAACUUAGCUGCGCUACAUUUCAAGAGGCAGAGAGCAAAGAUCCUGCACAACGAGAAGAAGUCAAACGCCUCUUGAUGUGCGAGAUGACAAAACAUUUUAUCGAGAUACAUGCGGCUCAAAUCCCUUCUGAAAAAUUUCAUCAAUCGCUUUGUUACUACCUACAAGGAGUGCACGACUUGAUAAUAAGAGAAGCAGGCGAGGGGAGCUUGCGAAUUGUAGUCGAAUGUAGGACAAUGGAAAUUCUUGAGCGUCUGUGGGAUGACUAUAGUUCCGGUCACCUUAAUGAAGUAGCGAAAGAACGCCUUUUAACGGAUGAGAUAAAGGAGAAAUAUGAAGUGGAAUCAAUAGAACUGGAAACAACCAUUAUCAUGGAGGAUUACCUGGCUUGCAAACUGUCACUAACAGGUAUUUCAUCUUAGAGUUAAAAUCCCUAGAAGACAGGUAUCAAGGCUUAAUUCACAGGAAUAUGACUGUCAAGAAGAGGGUAAUGUGUGAUACGGACCAGCGCUUCCGAAUGGCUGGUGGGAUUGUUAUCUGUACAUAAAUUUUGUAUUUGUUACUAUCCUACCAUAAAUACAGAAGAACCUGUCAUUAAGAACGUUGAGGAGUUUCACGAGCAAAGCGGUGGGUUCAAUGGAACGCAAGGGAUCGAGCAAAAUGGCUUUAAUGCAGCGUUAAACUAAAAAACAAAAUCUCACCAAAAUUUUUUUAAAGCUCAACCUUUACGGGUGGACACUUAUUUAUCACCUACUAUUCCGAUACAUUGUUACCAGAAAAAAAAAUGUUAUCGUGUAUACGCAUGAAUACUCACAAUCAACGAUUUUAUCACAAUUCUACCGACAUUUAUCUGUCUGAAACAAACAAAAAAGACAAAACAAAAAGCAAACAAACAAGGAGACAGAAGGAGAAGGGAAGAAGAUGAAAAUUGACCUAAAAACUUAGGAAUUGUUGUUAAAAGAGAACAAAGUUGUUUUUUUUGGAUAUUUGGCAAGGAAGCCUUAAGAAACCAUGGGGUUUAUAAAAAAAAUAAACAAAGGAGAGGUCGGCUAAAGUAGGAAUCUCAGUAUGGGUUUUGUGAAAUGAGCUCGCCUUCUGGUCAAGGUUCGAGGGUUGAGGUUCCAGAGUUGCGAGUAAAACGUCGAAGAUCGAGAGUGAAAGUUUCCUCAAAAUUAUCAGACCAAAAUUUACAGUUCAAAUCUUACACCGAAAAAAAGCAAAAGAGUGGCAAAAAAUGUUGAGGAUCAGUAUUACCAUGGCCGUUGGAGUGUCCAUGAUCAUAAGAUUUCCCAUAAAUAGUGGUGUUAAGGGAGGAGAAAUAUGAUAUGCUUUCAUGAUAAUUCUUGAUAUUGUUAUUUUCUUAUACGCCAUCGAUCAGAUUUGAAUCGUGAUUCAACAGUUGCAGAAAAUCUAACUGGCCGAAACAAUGCACAACCUCUGGUCGCUCAGGACGAAGAACAACGUGAACUAACAACGGUGCACCUUGCGAUAAAUUGUAAGUGAAAACAUCAACAACUCAAAUGAUAGCAGAGCAUCUACUAGAAAUCAUUAAAAUUUUUUUUGUGAAAGGUUUUAACAGUUUCACUGUAGAUUCGUGUUUGAAUAUAACUUAUAGUUCCAAAAUGAUGUUGUUAAACUCUUCCAAAAACCUGCUGCUUUUUAUUUGUGAUGAUUAUUUAUUGUGUAUUUUAGUUUAAUUGUCCAGUAAUUGGAAAAAGGUGGAAACCGUAGGGAAAUUAAUAUCAGCAAGAACAAUUUUUCCGAAGGCUAUGACUCGCAUGAACCUUUAUUAAAUGGCUAGAAAUGCACCUCCAUUCAGACAAAGAUCAAAUAUCAGACAAUAGUCAAAGUCAGAAAAUUGGUUUCUACUUACAUGACGUUAUAUGUAAAAUGGAAACGUUGAUUUUCUUUUCAUGUACAUCGCCCUUUAAUAAAAACGUAGACAGCGGUUGUUCAGCAAGCCCAAAUGAGAUCCAUCCUGAACAAGAAAAAGGAAGCCUGUGUCUGGUGUCUGAAUUUUUAUUUGAGGAAAAGAUUUCUCAAAGUUCUUUUACGGAACUACCCACCUACCUUCGACAUGUAACAGUAACUCAAGAUCCAGAACCAAUAAAAGAGCGUGACAACAGUGUACGAUUUUCCGUCGAAUGCCGAGAUAUGGAAAGUCUUGAACGUCUGUGGUCCGACUAUCGUUCCGGUCGUCUAGAUUGGAUGGCCGAAAAAUGUCUUCUGACAGAUGACAUAAAAAACAGAUUUCAUGUGGAGUCUGUCACUUUAGAAACAAGUAUACUGGAAGAGGACUAUUUGGCGUGUAAAGAGUAUCUUUUAAAAAAUUCUCGUAAGUUGGUAACAAUACUUGCUUAGGGGAUACUUGUAGACCUGGGUCAAGAUGUACGAAGACCGACUAGCGCUAACCCACGGUCAAAUGUUAAUCUGGGUUCCUUUAUUCCUUUGUUCAAAAGCUCUUUUGAAACAAUUUUUUCUGUUCGUCUUAGAGCGUCCAAUCAUCAAAUUGGUUAAUCUGAAUUUCCUUUUAAAAUUUUCCGAUCUGAAAUCAGAUUUCACGCUUUCUCACGCAUUUCCUCAGAAAACAGCGGCAACUCGCUCAUGGGAAAUUGUGAUGACACUGAAAUCCUGGUUACUGAAGGGGCUAUUCAAACAACAAACACCGAUGAUCUUGGUACUCAAACAUCCAUAG